CAUCCGUCAUGACAUGCACUAUAAAAGCCGAUGUAAUGCAGAACCACUGCGCAGAUGACACAGCUCCAUCUCAAGCUCCGUCUCCACCAUGACUUCCUCCGGCUUUGACCUUUAUUUCCCUUCAGCUUCCAAGAGGAGAGUGUUUGUGCGCAGUGCAGGGUAUGGAUCUAGUGCUGGUACAGAGUCAAGGUCUGCAUAUGCCCCGUCAGCUUAUGCGUCUUACAGAAGUUUUCCUACGAGCAGUCGAGCCGCUUCCGGUUCCUUCCUGCUCUCGACUCCGGCGUCUACGGUCGCGACCGAGCUGCGCCUCGACCAAGCAGCACAAGUCACCUCAGAAUUCAAAAGAUUGAGGACCCAGGAGAAGGCGCAGCUGCAAGACCUCAACGAUCGCUUUGCAAGCUUUAUUGACAGAGUGCAUGAGCUGGAGCAGCAGAACAAAUUGCUGGAGACCGAACGCCUGCUGCUCCGGCAGCGUCAAACGGAGCCGUCGAACCUGCGGGCCCUUUAUGAGCGUGAGAUCCGCCAGCUGAAUGCUGCAGUGGACGAGGCCAACCAUGAGAGACAAGCAGCACAACACCACAGGGAGGAGAUGGAGGGUUUGCUCAAGCACCUGCAAAAACGCUAUGAGGAGGAAGUGCUUGGUAGGGAGCAGGCAGAAGGCAGGGUGAUGGACGCCAGGAAGGAGGCCGACGAAGCAGCCAUGGACCAAAGCGAACUCGAGAAAAGAGUCGAGAUCCUGCUGGACGAGUUAGCCUUCCUGAAGAGUCUCUGCGAGAGCGAAAUUGCAGAGCUUCAGACCCAAAUACAGUACAGCACCGAGGUGUCCGUGGAGAUGAACGUGAUCAAACCCGACCUAUCCGUCGCCCUGCGGGACAUCCGAAGCCAGUACGAGACAUUGGCGCAACGUAACCGCCAGUCCGCAGAGGAGUGGUUCUCCAACAAGAUGAACGUGAUGGCGGUGGGCACCGCUCGCAAUACGGAGAGCGCGCGGAACGUGAAGGACGAAGUGGGCGAAUAUCGCAGGCAGCUGAAAAGUAGGACGUUGGAGAUCGACGCGUGCCGAGAGAUCAACCAAGCUCUGGAGAACCAACUGCUGGAAGUGGAGGAGAAACAAAGUGAUGAGAUUUCUGCAUUGCAGGAUACGAUAAAGCGAUUGGAGGACGACUUGAGAGUGAACAAGAAUGACAUGGCGCGAUAUUUGAAGGACUAUCAAGAUCUUUUGAACGUGAAGAUGGCUUUGGAUAUUGAAAUUGCAGCCUACAGAAAGCUGCUGGAAGGAGAAGAGAGCCGCUUAGAUCGCUGUGGCCAGAGGUCUUCUGUGGUCUACUCCCAGACCAUGUUCGCUGGUCCUCCUCCGGGAAGGAACGUGGGCUCCAUGAAGUCUCAACUGUAUUCUGCCUCACCUUGCCUGCUGAGCCCCCGCUUCUUCACAUCAACAAUGCCCACCCUGGAGAAAAUGUCAGCCAGUGAGGCACAGCAAGCGCAGGCCAGCCUUGCUCGGGGAGAAGAGGACAAGACGGACGGGGACGGAGAGGAAGAUGAAGAAGAGAGAAAAGAGGAAACUGAGGGGGAAGAGGACGAGGCAGAAGAGCCACCUACCGAGGAGGACAAAGAAGAAGAGAACAUGACUGAUCAGAAAGAGGAUGAAGAAGACGGCGAGGAAGAAAGUGAAAUGAAAGUGAAAGUAGAUGCUAAUGGCAAAAAUGGCAAAGCUGAGUAGGCUACUGUUUGCAUGCUGCUUGCUAGCACGCCCCACACUAUUAGUGGCAUGUACACCCAUGACCAAAGCAUGUGGCAACAAGCACCAACACUUGUCCGCCAGCACCUUCAUGCUAGAUACAGAAUAACCUCAGCAAAAUAUGCCUGCACAGCCGCUGUUGAAUUGAUGAAGGUGGACCCCGACUUCAACAAGUUGGGGUGUUGCCAUUUAGUGGUCAAUUGUAGGGAAUAUGUACUGUACUGUGCAAUCUACUAAUAAAAUAUGUACUGAACUGUGCAAUCUACUAAUAAACGUUUCAAUCAAUCAAUCCAAAUGCUAGAC